CCUGGCUGGGCCUCACACAAUGGACGGUGAAAGCAUCAAGCUGAGCUCCCAGCCCCCAAUACAGGCUGGGGAUGACGAAAAGAACCAGAGGACGAUCACUGUCAACCCUGCCCACAUGGGGAAGGCGUUCAAGGUUAUGAAUGAACUGCGGAGCAAACAGCUAUUGUGUGACGUGGUGAUUGUGGCAGAAGAUGUUGAGAUAGAAGCCCACCGUGUGGUCCUGGCAGCCUGCAGCCCCUACUUCUGUGCGAUGUUCACAGGUGACAUGUCUGAGAGUAAAGCCAAGAAGAUAGAAAUCAAGGAUGUGGAUGGGCAGACCCUGAGUAAGCUGAUUGACUACAUCUAUACAGCCGAGAUUGAGGUGACUGAAGAGAACGUCCAGGUGCUGCUCCCAGCAGCCAGCUUGCUGCAGCUCAUGGAUGUUCGCCAGAACUGCUGUGACUUCCUGCAAUCUCAAUUGCAUCCCACCAAUUGCCUGGGUAUCCGCGCGUUUGCAGACGUGCACACCUGUACUGACCUCCUGCAGCAGGCCAACGCUUAUGCAGCAGAGCAGCACUUUCCAGAGGUGAUGCUGGGGGAAGAAUUUCUUAGCCUAAGUCUGGACCAGGUGUGCAGCUUGAUAUCCAGUGACAAGCUGACCGUUUCUUCAGAAGAGAAGGUAUUUGAAGCUGUGAUUUCAUGGAUCAAUUACGAGAAAGAAACCCGUUUAGAGCACAUGGCAAAGCUGAUGGAACACGUCCGUCUCCCUCUCUUACCGAGGGAUUACCUUGUCCAGACAGUUGAAGAAGAAGCUUUGAUAAAGAAUAACAACACCUGUAAGGACUUCCUCAUCGAGGCCAUGAAAUAUCAUCUGCUCCCUCUGGAUCAGAGGCUCUUGAUUAAAAACCCAAGGACGAAGCCCAGGACUCCAGUUAGCCUGCCCAAGGUCAUGAUCGUGGUUGGCGGCCAGGCACCCAAGGCCAUCCGCAGUGUGGAGUGCUAUGAUUUUGAGGAGGACCGGUGGGAUCAGAUUGCUGAGCUCCCCUCCAGGAGAUGCAGAGCAGGUGUGGUGUUCAUGGCUGGCCACGUGUACGCCGUGGGCGGGUUCAAUGGCUCACUGCGUGUGCGGACAGUGGACGUGUACGACGGGGUGAAGGACCAGUGGACGUCCAUCGCCAGCAUGCAGGAGCGCCGGAGCACGCUGGGAGCAGCUGUGCUCAACGACCUGCUCUACGCCGUCGGGGGCUUUGAUGGCAGUACUGGCCUGGCAUCAGUGGAAGCCUAUAGCUACAAGACCAACGAGUGGUUCUUCGUGGCCCCAAUGAACACACGGCGGAGCAGUGUGGGUGUGGGUGUCGUAGAGGGGAAGCUAUAUGCCGUUGGGGGUUAUGAUGGGGCUUCCCGCCAGUGCCUGAGCACCGUGGAGCAGUACAACCCAGCGACCAAUGAGUGGACAUACGUGGCAGACAUGAGCACUCGUCGCAGCGGUGCAGGGGUUGGGGUCCUCAGCGGGCAGCUGUAUGCCACAGGUGGGCACGACGGGCCCUUGGUGAGGAAGAGUGUCGAGGUUUACGAUCCUGGAACAAACACCUGGAAGCAGGUGGCAGACAUGAACAUGUGCCGGCGCAAUGCAGGGGUCUGUGCAGUGAAUGGGCUCCUGUAUGUGGUUGGAGGGGAUGAUGGAUCCUGUAACCUGGCUUCGGUGGAGUACUACAAUCCUGUCGCUGACAAGUGGACGCUGCUGCCAAGCAACAUGAGCACAGGGCGGAGCUACGCAGGUGUUGCUGUGAUUCACAAGCCCUUGUGA